GCGGUCGCCAUGGUGAGGAGGGCGCGGCGGGCGCGGAGCCAUUUUGCGGCGAGCGGCGGCAGCUCCCGGCCGCUCCCCUCGCUGGACGCGCCCCGGCCCCGGCCCCGCCGCCGCGGGGGAGGCGGGGGCAGCCGGCAGGACCCGCCCGGCGCUGCGGGCCGGAGGAUGCGGAGGGGCAGAGCCGCCGCCGCGCCGCGCAUCGCCAGGGGGGCGGCUGCCGCUGCCUGGCCCCGGCGGCCGCUGUUGGGCCGUCGCGGCUGAGGCGAGCCGGGCGGGCGGAGGCGGCCCCGCCGAGGAUGAGUGCGGGCUGCAGGCGGGACCCUCCUCGGAAGAGAGCCCGGCCCAGCUCCGCCAGCCCGGGCGGCGGCUCCCAGGGAGAGCGGCCGCCGCUCGGCCCUCGCCAGGAGGGGCCCGGCGGCGGCAGCCCCGCCACCGCCGUGGGGAACAAAGUUUGUAAACAACGGACAAUUACCACUUGGUUGGAGAAUAAAGGACCCAAGACAACUGAGUCCAAAAGCUUACACAGCAAAAUUAAUAACAAUACUGAGGCAAAUCCCAAGAUGACUUCCAUUAAAAAAGAGAACAUUUGUGAGCAUGAUGUGAAAAAACUAGAGAAUAUUUGUCAGCAAAAUUAUUCAAAAACAUCUGUGGAAGUUGGUGCAAAGCAUGUAAAUUUGCCUCAGACAGGCAGCAUGUAUAACUGGGAGGCUGAGGAUGAAGAUCCAGUCUUAGACACAGAGUCUGUGAAGGGGACACAGCCGGGAGACCUCUUCAAAAAUGCCAACAUCGAUCAGAUACACAAAACUGGAAAGCAGGCUCAGAGGGGCAGUGAACAAGGCAGUGACAAUUGGACUCAGAGGAAAUUGUCCUCAGGCAGGUCUUUGAAAAUGGGAAAUACAAAACUUUCCUCAAAAGGCACCGAGGCAGAUGGACAGGUGGCUUCAUGCAAUUCACAGAAGCUGAAGAGCUGCAAUUCUGUCUGUUUAAUAGGUGAACAAGAAGAAGGGGAUGUAGUUCCAGAAAGUCCACUUUCAGAUGCUGGUUGUGAUGCUUGUUUAUCUGAUCUUGGAGGUCCUGGAAAACUGAGCAAAUGUCCGAGCAGUUCAGGGGAUUCACCUGCUUUUGAGAAAGAAAGUGAACUGGAGUCACCAAUGGAUGUAGAUAAUUCUAAAAAUAGCUGUCAUGGGUCAGAGGCUGAUGAAGAAACGAGUCCAUUUCUUGAUGAGCGAGAAGAGAUUAGUAUGUCAAAAUCCAUAAACAAAUCUUUUAGAAUUCAAUAUGGGGAUGCUGAACUGGAGUCAAGAAAGCCACGUUUUUCUACCAAGGGCUCCGAAAGCUUUGAGGAAAUAGAUAAUUCUGUUAAAGAGGACGAUCUGCGUACAAAGUCACCUGGGAUCUCUCCUGCUCCAUCAUCAGAAUGCAAAGGUGCAAGACAGGGUGUGAAGCGAGACUCCAAAAUCACCUCUCAUUUCAUGAGGAUACCUAAAGUUGAGGAGAAAAGCAGAAGAGAAAAGUGUGAAUUCAAACCCCAGAGGCCAGGAAGGAAGAUUCCUAAAUAUGUGCCACCUCCUCUUCCAACUAAUAAGAAAUGGUUUGGAACACCAAUUGAAGAGAUGAAAAGAAUGCCCAUGUGUGGGGCCCGUCUUCCUCAUCUGCGACCCUCAGCCAAUCAUACAGUAACCAUCAGAGUAGAUCUUCUGAAGGAAGGAGAGGUGCCUAAACCUUUUCCAACUCACUACAAGGAUUUGUGGGAUAACAAACAUGUUAAAAUGCCCUGUUCAGAACAAAAUUUAUACCCUGUAGAGCAUGAGAAUGGAGAUAGAACUGCUGGAAGUAGAUGGGAACUAAUCCAAACUGCCUUACUUAACAAAUUUACUUGCUCGCAUGAUUUGAAGGAAGCUAUACUGAGAUACAACGUUGCUUAUUCCAAGAAAUGGGACUUCACUGCUCUUACCGACUUCUGUGAGAAGGUUCUUGAAGAUGCAGAGGCUCAACACUUGUUUCAGUCCAUUCUUCCUGAUAUGGUCAAGCUGGCACUCUGUCUCCCUAGUAUCUGCACCCAGCCAAUACCUCUGCUGAAACAAAAGAUGAAUCACUCCAUCACAAUGUCACAGGAACAGAUUGCUAGUUUUCUAGCCAAUGCUUUCUUCUGUACUUUUCCACGUCGCAAUGCGAAGAUGAAGUCUGAGUAUUCUAGUUAUCCAGACAUUAACUUCAACAGAUUAUUUGAAGGACGGUCACCAAGGAAGCCUGAGAAACUUAAGACCCUUUUCUGCUAUUUUAGGAGAGUCACAGAAAAAAAACCUACGGGAUUGGUGACAUUUACAAGGCAGUGUCUCCAGGAGUUUCCAGACUGGGAAAGAUCUCAGAAAAAACUGUCUAGAUUGCAUGUCACCUAUGAAGGCACCAUCGAAAGCAAUGGGCAAGGUAUGCUACAGGUUGAUUUUGCAAACCGUUUUGUUGGAGGUGGUGUGACUGGUGCAGGACUAGUACAAGAAGAAAUUCGGUUUUUAAUCAACCCGGAAUUGAUUGUAUCGAGGCUCAUCACUGAAGUCUUGGAUCACAAUGAAUGUCUUAUCAUCACAGGUACUGAGCAGUACAGUGAGUACACAGGCUAUGCAGAAACUUACCGGUGGGCUAGAAGCCACGAAGAUAAGACCCCAAGGGAUGAAUGGCAGCGACGCUACACUGAAAUUGUUGCUAUAGAUGCAUUUCACUUCAGACGUUUCCUUGAUCAGUUUGGUCCGGAGAAAAUCAGAAGAGAGCUCAACAAGGCCUACUGUGGCUUCUCUCGACCCAAUGUUCCACCUCAACAUCUCUCUGCAAUAGCCACAGGAAACUGGGGAUGUGGUGCCUUUGGAGGAGACUCCCGAUUAAAAGCCUUAAUACAGAUUUUGGCAGCUGCUGAGGCUGGACGUGAUGUUGUUUAUUUUACCUUUGGAGAUGUGGAGCUGAUGCGGGAUAUUUACAGCAUGCACACUUUUCUCUGUGAGAAGGGCCAAACUAUUGGGGAUAUUUAUAGGCUGUUACUGAGAUACUACAAUGAGGAAUGCAGAAGCUGUUCUACUUCAGGACCAGAUGUCAAGCUGUACUCUUUCAUAUACAACACCAUUGAGUCCUAUGCAGAUUCUACUGAUGAUGAUGAUGAUGAAGAAAAAGGGUUGUGCUUUGAGGAUUAAAAUAAAUGUAUUUGAUCAGAAUAUUGUUCAUCUCCUCCCACUGGUAUAUUGUGUGAAUUGCUGGGUAUAAUGUAUGCAUUGGCUUAACUUAAUGUAUAUUGACUGCAUUGGUAAUUAUGUAUAAUGCCCAAACAAAAAAAAAAAAAACCACCAUUGAGAGACAGGAUUUUUUGUUUGAUGGUUUCAUACAUGAAAACCUUGUUCAAGUGUGUACAGAAAAGAUUUCUCUGGUAAAUCUGGUUUGUAUUAUACCUUGUUAAGCAGGAGAUUUUGGUACACAUUUGUAUUUUAGUCAAGAGAUUAUUGAAAGACUUGAGAUUUCUCCGUAUUCAUUUGCCUUGAUUUCUCAUAUAGGCUUACUGCUGGAGUAUAGGCAGCCGUGUAAACUCCUGAGAUGAUUUUAGAGAGAAGCAUUGUAAUGACUGUUCUCACUGAAAACUGUCAUAAUUUGAUUACUCCCUAAGUCUGCCACGGUACCUUAAUUGCUCUUAUCAACUUUUUCAUUCAUUUAACUUAAAAUGUCCUGGUUUAAAUAUUACUAUUUUUUUAAAAUAAAUGGUUAAAAGUUGAAGUAUUCUGGAGGAGCUAUAAUGCAUUUCACAACUGCAUUGUCUUUAUUUAAUCAGACAUAAAAGUUAGCAUGAAGAAGUAGAGAAAAAAACCAAGUACGGGAAGGUGGGAAAAUGAGAAAUGUAACCAAAGUUAGAGGCAGAUGGAAACAUUUUUAUAUGAAACUCUUCAAUACAAUAUUAUUGGUGCUAUCUGUUACAACAUUGAACAAGGUCUUAGACACGUGAGUAUGUCUGAAGUUUCUCGAAGGUUCACUGUUGUUGGUGACAUCAUUUGAGUUAAGGUCUGCUACUUGUAUUUGUAUUGUCAUAUCGGUUCUCCUUUAUCGCAGUGUGAGAUACCCAUGGGAUAACAUGAGCGAGGAAGUGGAAAUCACUUGUGCAUCAGUGGGAGGAAAGUCUGCAGGCUGCAGAUAAGAACAUGAGGCUUUGUUAGGAGUUCGCACCUGUGUCUUACUAGGCAUGGAAAUGACAAGAAUGAAGAGAGGGCAAAAGAUGUGUAAAAACUGUGCUAUUACUAUCUCUGUGAAUACCAAAUGAGUGUUGCUGUAGUACAUAAUAGUUUACACAAAACUGCAGAUACAUCUGUGAUAUAAAACUUUUCCAGGACUAUGUACAGGGCCAAUCCAAUUAAAUGUUUGUCUAUGAGUAGUUUAAACCCGGUUUACGUUUAAGCCCACAUUGCUAAGUUUAGCCUCUUCUGUCUUAGGUUUUCUGGUCUGUCAUGGUUGCUAUAACCAGUUUAACAGUACAAGUGAAAACCACAGCAGGAAAUGUAGUGAGCUGAGGCUCCGAUACCAACAAAUCCUUUUGGCUAAUGUCAGAUAAAACCUCUCCGGGCCUGAAACACACCACAUGGUAAAUGCUGCGAGUCGGUGGCAGUCUGGCUUGCAGUAAAGCUCACACUGCUGGAGCGGCUCCGGGGGCAGCAGCAGCAGGGAGUUCGGGUCAUGUAUGAACACGUUGCGGGUGCUGCCGCCCUGCGUCAGCGCUGAGCGGGCAGCCUGGAGGCGUGUUGCUCGGAAGGUGACAGGAGCAGGGGUUUAAGGGUUUCUUCCCACUGACUGUGGUUUUGUCCACCUCCAUCCAUUACAAGGGAGAUCUGAGCUAGUAUUUUAGGCCUUUUUCUGGGUUUGCAACUUGUGUCCUCGGAGUUAGCGGAAAUCUUUUUCUCCUGCUCCUGGUGUUUCGGUGUUGGCUCAGAUUCUGGCAAUAGGAACAGCAGUGGUUUAUAAUAAGCUCUUACUUGGGCAUUGAGGUUCAACUAUGUUAGUGCUUCUAGAGGCAUUGCUGAUGAUAAAUGUACCCUGUUAGUUAAGGCAAGUGAUGGAAAAUUGGUGCUAUCUGCCAAACUUCUUCACCUUAGAACUCAGGAUUUCCUAUAGAAAAGGUGAACAGAAUUUGUUCCUAAACAACUGGAAGAAAAUACAGCAAAAAAACUUUAGGUGGCUACUAGAUAUGGCCCUCCCCUUUGUUGUAAACAAACACAUCUUUAUUAGUGCAAUAUUAAUUUUAAUUAUAAGGGUAGUGAUUGGUCAGGUGUGAAAAAUGUACCAAAAUAAGAUGGCAUAAAAUUCUACUUCAACUCUAGAGACAGAAAAAUAUAUUGAAUUCUGGAAGGAUUUUCUGAAGAUCAUAUUAUAGGGUAUCCGGUUAAGAGAGGUUUUGCAGUAUCAAGUGUUUCCAGGAUAGUCCUAAUCAUUCUAUGGAUUCUAUAUUUUCACUCAUAUCCGAGAUUUUUAUAAGAUUGCCUUUAAUUUGAGAUAAUUCUUUAGGAUAUGUUUACCAUAGAAUUUCUUCCCCCCUAUAAAAUACGGUUGUAUGGACAGGGAAAAGGAAAAUAUGUCAUUUUCUGCUUAAUGUGUCAUCUGAGUAAGAGUGGUGUAUCCUGCUGCAUCCUACUGUGUGUCCCUGAUCUGACAAAGGGUGAUGAUGUAAGCACACUUUGAAUAUGACUUUGAUCACAGACAGGCUGAAGAUUAUAUUUUUCUUAGUUUUGGGGACUGUUUUUUUUUUUUUUUUUUUUUUAAGCAAAAUAGCCCACAGUUAACAAAUUAACAGUGGUGUUACAUUCCCAUCCCUUUCUAAUUCAAUAAAGAGCUACACUGCCCGGAAUGCUGCAUGUGGAAGCAGGAAUUUUGCAUCAGCCCAAUAUGUGCUCUGCAUAUUUCUUUCUUUCUUCCCUCUACCCGUCACUCCCCAUUUAUGAACUACCUGAAAUGUUUUCUUUAGCUGGAGCUGCCUUUUGGUGCUCUGAAGUAGCAUGGAAUGGAGAGGCCAGUCAUCUCUUUGUGCAGCCUAGUAAGCUUCAGCUUCACUCUUCUAGAAACCUAUUCAUGGAGUAUUCCAUGGGGGGGGGGUUGUUUAUUACUUUAGGGAUGUUUGUUAUAUGAUUUCAAAUAAAAAUAACCUUCCUACCAAAA